AUGUCUGAAAUCAAGGACCUCACCUUCCAGGAGAUCGCCAAGCACAACACCAAGAAGGAUCUCUACCUGAUCGUCCACGACAAGGUCUACGAUUGCACCAGCUUCGUUGAUGAGCACCCCGGUGGCGAAGAAGUCCUCCUCGAUGUCGGUGGCCAAGACAGCACCGAAGCCUUCGAAGAUGUAGGCCACAGCGACGAAGCGCGCGAAAUCCUCGAUGGCAUGCUGGUCGGCAACGUCAAGCGCAUGCCCGGUGACCCCGAGCCCAAGCAAGCCCACACUGCUUCCGACUCUUCCUCCUCGUCCUCCACCGCUGGCUUCGGUGUCGGUCUCUACGCUGUUAUCCUCAUUGGCGGUGCUAUCGCCUACGGUGCAUACAACUACCUGCAGGCUCAACAGGCCCAGCAGCAGUAA